CUAGAACUUCAAGGAAACAGCUGCCUCUACACGUGCCAGACAAGCCACAGCUAAAACCAGGUUCAUCCAAAACCUUAAGAGACUUACAGACCUUUUGUGUGCAUGAGACCCACAUCAGAAGCUAUGUCCCAAGUCAUGCACACUCAUGUAUUGAGGGUGGGACAAAGUGUCCACCUGGGAUCCACCGAGGAGGUCCUGCCCCUGGGUCACAGCCUACCCCCCUCUGCUCACUCAAUUUCCUGUUCCCUGGAUAUAUCUCUGGACAAUCUGAACCAGCUAAUUCUAGAGCUGGACCCCACCUUCCAGCCUCUCCAGAGCUCUGCACACAGAGAACAAAACUUCAGCAGGUCUUGCACAGACCCCUCUGCUGAUGAUGAUCUGUCCCAGGCUGUGCUGGAACCCAGGGGGUGUUCCCCUCAGACCCGCUGUGGUACCUCCACCUCAGCAACCCCCUCCUCUCGUAGCAUGCCCAUCCCCAUGCGUUCAGGCUCCAGCUGCUCCCCCCACGGCUCCUUGGUGUUCUCCGGUUCGCCCUCUUCUUCACGUCCCCCUCUGCCCAUUGGAAGCCACAGGGUGUCGCUAUCCCAGCGCUGUGACUCGCCUGUGUCCUGCUCCCCUGUAUCCCUACCCGUGGUCCGUGGCCACCGUGCCAGCGCCACCUCCCUUAUCUCCACAUCUCCGGGCUCUGACACCAGUUACAUCCUUGGCAGCUGCCACUCCCUAUUCAGUGACGAAGCCGACAGCCCUGAGCGCCUUCUGUAUGGUUCCUCUGGUUCCUUCAGCCAUGUAAUCAGCCCCAAUCCACAAUCCCCAGGGCCAAACAAGCCAUUCUUCUCAGAGACCAAUAUUGACCAGUCAUUGCCCACCCUCCCCGCAUCACUCCACCACAGCCGGGGAAUCAUCCCACCAUCCUACCCCAGCAGUUGUCCCCCCUCUGUGGCUGGCUCACUGUCAGACAUCCCUGUGGUGCUUAUCAAUGGGGCCCCAGAGCCCAAGCCCAGCCCCAGGCCCUCCCAAGAAUGGCCCUCAGGUGGUGGGGUGGGGGGUCUGAACAGACAGACACUAAGAAGGACCUGCACGGGCUCCACUCCCUCCUCUCCUCAAGGCAGCCAGGCCUCCAUGAAGCUUGUAAUGGACAGCUCCCAGUUCUGGUUCCGCCCCCAUAUCACCCGUGAUGAGGCGGAUGCCCUCCUGCGAGACCAAGAGCCAGGGUCCUUUGUGGUGAGGGACAGUAGCUCGUACCGUGGUUCCUUUGGGCUUGCUAUGAAGGUGCAGGAGGUCCUUACCAAUCUCACUUCUACCUGUCACUCAGGUGAGGGUGUGCCAGAGCCAGUACGCCACUACUUGAUUGAGUCCACAGCUAAGGGAGUUCGUCUCAAGGGAUCAUCUGAGGAGCCAUAUUUUGGUAGCCUGUCUGCCCUAGUGCACCAGCAUACCAUCACUCCUUAUGCCCUGCCCUGUAAGCUGAAGAUCCCCUCUCAUGAUUUCAGCAGCAGAUUGGAGAAGGGACAGGACAUGUCAGUAACUCCAGAACUAACAAAGGCUGCCUGUAACUUCCUGUAUCUGAGCUCGGUGGCCACAGAGAUGUUGACUGGGCCUUGCGCAAUCCAGAGAGCAGUGUCGGAAAUCUUCAAAAAAGAAGCUGUCUCUUCACCCACCGUUGUCAACUUGAAGGUCUCACGCAAUGGUGUGACCCUGACUGACAUCCAGAGAAAGCUGUUCUUCAGAAGACAUUAUCCUGUACAACUGCUGAGUUACUGUGGAGAGGACCCUGAGAACAGAAUGUGGAAAAGGAACUGUAAAUCAGCAAGCAGAAUCUUUGGCUUUGUGGCAAAGGGCAUGGAGGCAGGCGUGGAGAAUAUGUGUCAUGUGUUUGCCGAAUAUGAUGCCCUGCAACCUGCCAGCCUGGCAAUUCAGCUCGUCCAGGGUAUAGUAGCUGAUGGCAACAAACAGAAGUAGACAAAUGCUGAGCACUGUGGGCUCCAUAAUUGUGAAAUGGAAGAAGUUUGGAACCACCAGGAUUCUUCCUAGAGCUGGCUG